CAUAAUAUUAUAAAUACUAAAUGCUUGCCCUGAUUUUUUAAUACCUCAAAGUUCCCAACUUUUUAGCUUUCUUCAACAGAAUGGCUAGUCUAGUAUGGCUUGCUAGCUUUCUCCUUUUGUUUCACUUUCAUUUUCAAGCUUCAGUUUCCUUUUCUUUGAAUUCCAACUCUUCAGCAAUGUUGUGCCAACGAGACCAGAGUCUUGCCUUGCUCCAAUUGAAGGAAACCUUUUCCAUUGCAAAGGCUGUCUUUGUCCCUCCUUAUUAUCCCAAGCCUUAUCUCAAGACAAAGUAUUGGAAAGAGGGCACUGAUUGCUGUUGGUGGGAUGGGAUUACAUGUGAUAUGGAAACGGGUAAUGUAAUUGGCCUUCACCUUUCUAAUAGCUUAUUGUAUGGUCCUAUCUAUUCUAACAAUCCUCUUUUCUCUCUUCGCCAUCUCCGAAAACUCGACUUGUCUUUUAAUGAUUUCAACCACUCUCGAAUUGUUCCUCAGUUUGGCCAGUUUUCCAAGUUAACACAUCUUAAUCUAAGCUAUUCUGGUUUUGUGGGUCAAAUUCCUUCAGAAAUUACUUACCUGUCAGGUUUGCUAUCUCUUGAUCUUUCUUCGAAUGAUGGUUUGAUAUCAGAAACCACUAUUUUUACCAAGCUUGUUCAAAACCUAACCCAAUUACGGGAAUUGGACUUGAGUUAUGUAAACAUGUCUGUGGUUGCACCUAGUUCCUUGAUGAAUUUGUCUUCUUCUUUGACAUCUCUCCAACUUAACUCUUGUGAAAUGCAAGGAAAAAUCCCCGAUAUCAGUCGUCUAUCUAAAUUGGUUUCACUUGAUCUUUUUUGGAAUGGCGGUUUGACAAUAGAACCAAUGGUUUUUGACAAGCUUGUUAGAAAUCUAACCAAGAUAAGAGACUUAGACUUCGGAGAUGUAAACAUGUCCAUGGUUGAACCUAGUUCUUUAACGAAUAUCUCUUCUCAUUUAUCAUCACUUGCACUUGGAAAAUGUGAAUUGAAAGGAAAAUUCCCAGACAACAUUAUUCAACGAACAAACCUCCAACUGCUUGAUUUAUUCGGCAAUGAAGAUCUCAAUGGUUCCUUACCUCGCCAUAAUUGGAAUAAUUCUCUCAGGUCUUUGAUUCUUUCUUUUACACAAUUUCCAAUUUAUUUGGACUAUGAUUUUAUCAGUAAUUUGAAGUCUUUAGAAAUUUUGGAGCUGAGGAGCUGCAAUUUUAGAGUUUCAAAUUUGAAAUUGUUGGGUAAGUUGACUCGACUCAUUAUGUUGGAUAUCUCUGAUUUGAGCAAUAACAAGUUGUAUGGCUUCAUUCCAAGCUCAAUUUUCGAACUUGCGGACUUAACUGUUCUCAUUCUUUCAUCUAAUAAAUUGGUAGGAGAAGUUUCUUCAGCUGUUUGCAACCUAAACUCUCUCCAAAUUCUUGACUUGUCAAACAACAAUUUGAACGGCUUCAUCCCACAAUGUUUGGGAAAUUUCAGCAAUGAUCUCUCGGUGCUGCAUUUGGGCAUGAACAAUUUCCAAGGAACCAUCCCUGAGACGUUUUCAGCAAGAGGCAGCUUGAGAUAUUUGAACUUCAAUGGCAAUCAAUUGCAAAGGAGAAUCCCUCUGUCCAUUUCCAAUUGUAGAAAUUUGGAGAUUUUAGAUCUUGGAAACAAUAAUAUAGAUGACUCAUUCCCCCAUUUCUUGGAAACUCUUCCGGAGCUGCAAAUUCUAAUUCUGAAAUCCAAUAAACUACAUGGAUUUGUGAAAGGGUCCUCUACCAAUUAUUCCUUCUCAAAGCUGCGAAUGUUUGACCUCUCCGAUAACAUGUUGAGCGGACCAUUACCUUCAGGGUAUUUCAAUAAUUUCAAAGCAAUGAUGAACUUUGAUGUCAAGAUGGAGUACAUGAGGGCACCAAAUUCUUCUUACGAUUAUUCUGUGAGUCUGACAUUCAAAGGAGUUGAGAUUGAGUUGGGGAGAAUCCAAACACUUCUGACAACCAUUGAUUUGUCAGGCAACAAAUUCACAGGGGAGAUCCCACAGUCUAUUGGAAAGCUUAAAGCACUUAAGUUGCUCAACUUGUCUCACAAUCAACUCACGGGCAAUAUUCAACCAUCAUUGAGGGAAUUGUCCAAUUUGGAAUCACUAGACCUCUCUUCAAAUUUCCUUGUUGGAAGGAUUCCUAUGCAGUUGACAGAUUUAACAUUUCUGCAAGUAUUUCGGGUUUCAGAUAAUCGACUUGAAGGACCCAUACCUGAAGGAAAGCAGUUCAACACAUUUGAUAAAAGUUCAUAUGAAGGAAAUUUGGGAUUGUGUGGAUUUCCACUAGAAAAAUGCAAUAAUGGGGAGAGGCAAAAACCAGAAAUAUCCAAGGAAGAUGAUUCCAAUUCUAAAUUUGGAUUUGGGUGGCAACCUGUAGUGGCAGGGUAUGGAUGUGGAGUAAUAUUUGGUAUUGCAAUGGGAUAUCGUGUGUUUAAAACAAGAAAACCAAUAUGGUUUGUGAGGAUAGUUGAAGGACAAAGACGUCCAAAGCCAAAAAGAUUCAAAAACUAGGAUUUCUUGGUAUUUACAGGUAAUGUUUUGUAAUAUUUGUUUCUUCGCAUAUAAUUUCAUCUUAAUCAACUUUCUUUUUAACAUGAGUUUCUUACUAUUCUUUUUCUUCUUUUUUUUCUU